UGCCACAAAAAUUCUCUCUCUCUCUCUCACACGCACACACACACAUGUAUAUAUAGUAUAUAUACGCAUUGAUUAAAUCUUGAAGAAAACCCUUUUUCCCACCUUCCCAUUCGAGAUCCACCACUCCUCCACCGCAUUCGCCUCUUAAACCCUAGAAACCACCGCCGGGGCUGCGGGAAUCACUCGCCGGAGUUUUUCAGAGAUUCGGAGCUGAAGUCAGAAGUAGAGGGAGAAAUAACCGAGGUCCGGUUUCUCUCUCCGCGCUCUUUGAUUCGGAUCCGAUUUGUAGCCAGGGCUGAUUUUUGGAUUGUUGAUCAGUGAUGGCAGCACCAGCGGCGGAGGUGGCGGUGGCGGUGGCGGAGACUCCGCAACCGGUUACUGCUCAAGUUGUCGGAAACGCAUUUGUGACGCAGUACUAUCACAUACUGCAUAAGUCACCAGGGCUUGUUCACAAAUUUUAUCAGGAUGUCAGUAAGCUUGGUCGUCCUGAGGAGGAUGGCUCCAUGAGCAUCACCACCACUAUGCAAGCCAUCAACGACAAAAUUGUUUCGCUCAACUACUGGGACUUCACAGCUGAGAUUAAGUCGGUAGAUUCGCAGGAAUCAUUUAAUGGGGGAGUUCACGUUCUUGUAACUGGCUAUCUAACAGGAAAAGACAGCAAAGUUAGCCACUUUGCUCAAUCUUUCUUCCUUGCUCCACAAGACCGGGGCUACUUCGUUUUGAAUGACAUGUUCCGAUAUGUGAAUAAUUUCGAUGCUAAUCCUGCAUUGGUCCCUGAUGUUGUAGCGCCUGUUCCUGAAGAGCCAGCAGCUCCUGUUCCAGCUCCGGAGAAUCAUGUUUCUGAGCAGAGCACACCAUCUGCAGAAGAAGCUGUUUCUGGAGAAGUGUACAAUCCACCAGAGAAUGGGGAUGUGCCAAUUACUGAAGAAGUAGAAGAAGAAGAAGAAGUUCCUGUGCCGGAGGUUGUUGAUGAGGUACAGGAUAAUACAGAGCCGAUGGUUGAAACCCCUGCCAAAACUGAAGCUCCGAAGAAGUCUUAUGCUUCUAUUGUGAUGCAUCUCAAGGAAACUGCUGCAACUUUCUCGCCUCCUCCUACUGCACUCCGAAAAGCUCCACCAAAGAGCUUGGACGAAGUGAAGCCUACUCCUAUUCCGACACCUGAUGGUCCAGUUUCCAGUUCGGAUUCUUUUGAUCAUGAACAUAACCAAGAGGGUGAAGCUGAUGGGUUCUCCAUAUACAUAAAGGGCCUUCCCAUGAAUGCUACUGAAGCUUUACUUGAGGAUGUAUUCAACAAAUUUGGGACCAUAAAAAAUGAUGGAAUUCAAGUUAGAAGCAACAGACAACAAGGAUUUUGUUUUGGCUUUGUGGAAUUUGAGGAGGCAACAUCUAUGCAAAAAGCCCUUGAGGCUUCUCCAGUAGCAAUUGGUGGACGUCAAGCCUUUGUUGAGGAAAAGAGGUCUACAAAUUCUCGUGGAAGUAACAGGGGAAGGUUCCAAUCAGGAAGGGGCUCUGGGUUCAGAAACGAGGGAGUUAGAGGACGAGGAGGCUAUGGGGGUGGUAGGGGCUAUAACAGGGGUGAUUUCAACGGCAGGAGUGAGUUUGGCAACAGGGGUGGAAACCGGGGAGGAUCCACAAACCGUGACGGAUAUCAAAGGUCCGAAAGCUUCAACAGCAACGGUGGUGGCCGUACCAACCGAGCUGCUGGGAUGGCCAAUGGCAACACGAAGAACACCACCCCUCGUGUCUCUGCUACUGCUUGAAGAGAACCAGGUGGUCUGUCAGUGGUUAGGUUUCUGUUAUUCCCUUCUUCCCUUUUCAAGUUGUAGUCUUUACCUCGUCGGAAUCUUCUUUUCUGGCGGUUCAAUUGCGGCGCGACGUGAGCAACAGAAUUAUUCUUCGGCCUUUCUAACUCAUUUGUUUCUGAGUUUCCUCACUGUGGGUAUAAAUUUAUUGGUAGACGAGAUUGGGUAGGUUUUUUCUCUUAGUAGCUUAUACUGUCAACGGCCCAAGGAGAGAAGGAAUUUAAUUCUUCAGACAUCUUUUUUUCUCCCUUUUUUGUGGGCAUUUGAAGUAUUCAUUUUUCAGCACUUUUGUGUGUUAUAAUGUCUCUGAAUGAGGAACUAUUUUAGCUAUUAUUUUUACUCGUAGAUUGAGAUCUA